AUGCGAUUUGCAGUUACAGUGGUUACUGUACUGCAAGGGAAGUUACAAGGCACGGCAUUUUGUUCAGUAUCCGAAGUAGAAGGUCAGACUGAACCAGAGCAGUUCUGGGUGGAGCUAUGUAAACUAAGGGGGUUCUAUUUGGUACCAGAUUUAAAAGAAUCUCUGCACAAGAUUAACGAUAACAAGAGGCACAAGGUUAUCGAUGAUUCUGUUGUGAGACUCAAGGUUAACGAUGACCCUGUUGAGACGCACAAUGUUAUCGAUGACCCUGUUGAGAAGCACAAUGUUAACGAUGACCCUGUUGAGAGGCACAAGGUUAAAGAUGACCCUUUUGAGAGGCACAAGGUUAACGAUGACGCUGUUAAGAGACACAAGGUCAACGAUGACAAUGUUAAGUGGCACAAAGUUAACGAUGACCAUGUUAAAAGACACACGGUUAACGAUGACCACGUUAAGAGGCACAAUGUUAACGAUGACCAUGUUAAGAGGCAAAAGGUUAACGAUGACCCAGUUAAGAGACACAAGGUUCACGAUGACCCUAUUAAGAGGCACAAGGUUAACGCUGACCCUGUUAAGAGGCACAGGGUUAACGAUCACCCUGUUAAGAGGCACAAGAGGCACAGGGUUAACGAUGGCCCUUUUGAGAAGCACAAGGUUGACGAAGACCAUGCUAAGAGGCACAAGAUUAACGAUGACCAUGUUAAGAGGCACAAGGUUAACGAUGACCACGUUAAGAGGCACAAGAUUCACGAUGACCAUGUAAAGAAGCACAAGGUUAACGAUGACUAUGUAAAGAGGCACAAGAUUAACGAUUACCAUGUUAAGAGGCACAAGGAUAACGAUGACCCUUUUAAGAGGCACAAGGUUAACGACGACCAUGUUAAGAGGCAUAAGGUUAACGAUGACCCUGUUGUGGGGCACAAGAUUAACAAAGACCCUAGGCAAAAAUUUAACGAUGACCAAGUUGAGAGGCACAAGGUUAAUGAUGACCUCGUUGAAAGGCCCAAGGUUAACGAUGACCCUUUUGAGAGACACAUGGUUAACGCAAACCCUGUUGAGAGACACAAGGUUAUUGAUGACCUCGUUGAAAGGCCCAAGGUUAACCAGGACCCUGUUGGGAGGCACAUGGUUAACGCAGACCCUUUUGAAAGGCCCAAGGUUAACGAGGACACUGUUGAGAGGCACAUGGUUAACGAGGACCCUGUUGAGAGGCACAUGAUUAACGCAUACCCUUUUGAAAGGCCCAAGGUUAACGAGGACCCUGUUGAGAGGCACAUGGUUAACGCAGACCCUUUUGAAAGGCCCAAGGUUAACGAGGACACUGUUGAGAGGCACAUGGUUAACGAAGACCCUGUUGAGAAACACAAGGUCAACAAUGACCCUUUUGAAAGUCACAAGGUUAACGUCGAUCAUGUUGAGAUAUACAGAGUUGACGAAGACCCUGAUGAGAGACACAAGGUUAACGAGGACCCUGUUGAGAGCUAA